UUCUAUCAGGAAUGCCCAUGAGAUUCACUUACCAAGAAUUGAAAGUAGCCACUGGAGAUUUCAAGAAAAAGCUUGGACGAGGAGGGUUUGGAUCAGUUUUUGAAGGCACUCUUCAAAACGGAGAUAAAAUUGCAGUCAAGCGCCUUGAUGCUAUGGGCCAAGGGAAGAAAGAAUUCUUGGCUGAGGUCAAGACUAUAGGAAGCAUCCACCAUGUUAACCUUGUGAAGCUAAUUGGCUUCUGCGCAGAAAAAUUGCAAAGGCUUCUGGUAUAUGAGUACAUGUGUAAUGGGUCUUUAGACAAAUGGAUUUUCUGUAAAGAAUCGCUAGCUUCUUUAGACUGGCAAAUUAGAAGGACAAUUGUCCUGGACAUAGCAAAGGGGCUGGCCUAUCUCCAUGAAGAAUGUAGACAGAGAAUAGUACAUUUAGAUAUCAAACCCCAAAAUAUACUAUUGGAUGAAAAACUUCGUGCGAAGAUAUCAGAUUUUGGCUUGUGUAAGUUGAUUGAUAGGGAUCAAAGCCAAGUGGUAACCACGAUGAGAGGAACUCCCGGCUAUUUGGCCCCUGAAUUUUUGAGCUCAGCAAUCACAGAGAAGGCAGAUGUUUAUAGCUUUGGGAUCGUAGUCAUGGAAAUAGUUUGUGGAAAGAAAAAUUUAGAAAGGUCACAGCCUGAGGAAUUCGUGCAUUUGCUCCCAAUUUUCAUGAGAAAAGCAGAGGAGGAUCAAUUGGUGGUUAUGGUUGACGGAAGCAAUCAGGAUAUGCAACUGCAUAACUCAGAAGCUGUUCAGGUGAUGAACGUUGCAAUUUGGUGUCUGCAAAGUGAUUACAAAAGGAGGCCUUCCAUGUCAGAUGUGGUUAAAGUCCUAGAAGGUAAUUUGGAUGUGGAAGCUGAUCUAGACUACACCUUGCAUAAUCCAACAACAAUAGCAGCAACGAUAAGAGAGGCAGAGCAGGGAACCACAACUUUAAUAUUGCCAUCUUAUCUAUCGGGACCAAGGUGAUGAAUGAUGAUUUUGCUUGAAAUCAUGUUUUUCUAUUUCUUAUUAAUUAUUUUAGUUGUUGUGCUUUAUAUUGUUUCUCCAAUCUGUCCACUGUUAUAUAUGUAAAUCUGCUUGGUUCUAUUGUUUUACAUGUUAUUAAUUAUAAAGCAUCAUAGCUUUAGAGGUUA